UUGGCGUGCUGGGUUCUCCGAGAGUCGCCGGUGGUUCCGUCGCACCCUCUGUCGCUUUCGGACCUGAACUGACCGCGGGAAUCGGAGAAGGGACACCAGGACACCUCAGAAACCGAAAAUGGUGUUGCAGGACUCAGUGGCCUUGGAAGAUGUGGUUGUGACCUUCACCCAGGGGGAGUGGGCCCUGCUGGAUCCUUCCCAGAAGAAACUCUACAGAGAUGUGAUGCAGGAAGUCAGGUGGAAUCUGGCUUCUACAGGGGAAAAAUGGGAAGACCAGAAUAUUGAAGAUGAGUAUGAAAACUUCGGCCUACAUCAAAGUGCUGUUCAAAUCCCUGAAAGGAGUCACGCUGGAGAGAAACCCUAUGAAUGUAAGGAAUGUGGGAAAGCCUUCCGUUCUUGCCGUGCCAUUCGAAUCCAUGAAAGGAGUCACACUGGAGAGAAACCCUAUGAAUGUAAGGAAUGUGGGAAAGCCUUCCCUAUGUCCAGUUCCUUACGGGUCCACGAAAGGAUUCACACUGGAGAGAAACCCUAUGAAUGUAAGGAAUGUGGGAAAGCCUUUGCCGUGUCCAGUGUCUUACGUGUCCACCAAAGGAUUCACACUGGAGAGAAACCCUAUGAAUGUAAGGAAUGUGGGAAAGCCUUCCCUAUGUCCAGUUCCUUACGGGUCCACGAAAGGAUUCACACUGGAGAGAAACCCUAUGAAUGUAAGGAAUGUGGGAAAGCCUUUAUUUAUUGUGGUUCUUUUAAAAAACAUGAACUAAUUCACACUUGAGUGAAACCCUAUGAAUAUAAGGAAUGUGGGAAAGCCUUUACUACAAGCUUGCGAAAACAUGGAAGACUUCAUAGUGGAGAGAAACCUUAUGAAUGUAACCAACAUGGAAAAGGCUUCCCUUAUCUAAAUUCUUUACAAAGCCAUGAAAGAACACAUAGUGAGGAGAAAUCCUAUGAAUGUAAAGCAUAUGGAAAAACAAACUACUGUAAAGUCUUUUUCUUUUUUUUU